AGAUGGAGUACCAUACCUAUAGCCCACUGACUGCAGGUCCUCUAUCUUCAGCUGCCCAGAUGGUCAUGGCUGCUCUGAGAGCUCAGUAUGCAGGGAGAAUAGACAGGAGACCAUACAUAGCAGUCGGCGUGUCCCAAAAGCAGAACAACCUCACCAAAACUCUAGAACCUCACACACAGACUAACAUGCAUUAUGUGUGCUCCAGCAGUCAUAGGGAAAGCAUACGAAAUAUUCCUCAGUCUGACCUCAUCGAGCAGCACAAGUAUAACACUGAGCCACAUCUUCACAAGCAGAGAGAGAGCCAAGUAUUCAAAGUGUUAUCAGUAGGAGAGAUGAAGCGCCCAAGUCGGCCUGACCUCCAGCAGUUACAUGAGAAAGAUAACACCCUUAAACAAUGGGGAGCAGAGAUACAAGGUGAUUGGAGGCCAAGAGAUUAUGAAGAUGAUGGCAAUCUGUCAGGAUUUAAUCCUGGUAAUAAUAUCCCGAGUCCCAGCAAAAGCCCUCCAGAGCCAAGUCCACUGAGAGAAGAGCUUUUACACAGGAAUGACUUUGUUAACAGAGGAACCCUACAGGCUGACAUGGGAUUGCCAAAGACACAUAGCAGGACCUCAGGUAGAAAGGAAAGAAUCCAGCUAAUGGCUUCUCUUGAAGAGGGUAAUAAAGCAGAGGCUAUUACUCAAACCCCUCCUCUGAAGAGAUGGAGGUUUGAUAAUCUGCAUCUACCCAUCACCAGCUGUUCAAGAAGGUUUGAGCAAGAUGAUUCUGGGCAGAAGAGUGACAUUGUGAAAGCAAAUGAAAACCUUGAGAAGAUACAGUUUAAAGUUAAAACAGCCCUAACUGAAGAAAUAAAAGUGGACCAGAUUUCAUAUGGAGACGUAACAGAGAAGUUUAAAUACCAUUCAGGUACAAAUAAAACACUAACUUAUGGAAGCCAUCUGCCAGUUCAUCACACUUUGGGUUCACUCAGAACCAGUGACUCUGAUCAGGACACAGAGGACAAAGAACAAGCAUCAGCAGUGGAGACAGAAUCAGACAAAGUGGAACUUGUCCGUCACCGUGCUGACGUAUAUGAGCAUCAGUCCGAUAUUAAAAACGAUCAGCUGGAAUCCCAGGAGAUUAGCGUAGAGUCAGAGAACAGUUCAGCAUCUAAAGUCACAGAAACACAUCAGGGCCUGAAGACCUUCUCAAAGGGAAGUCAGAGAAGUUUUGGAGUCAAGCGUGCGCAGAACUUGACCCUUCCAGCCGAGUAUAACGGAAAGCGGGAGCCUCUUCGAUGGUCACAUGGGUUUCCUUAUAUCACACUGUCACAGGAGCCCUGCGUAAACCAAACCUCAUGUUUCAGUGGAGAAGCUGAAGUGCAAUUUAUUCACCAAGCACAGCAAAGCAAAGCUACAAGGCAACUCCUAUACACGCAGAAAACCACUCAGAAUCAGCAUAUCAUGCCGGAACAGACUGAAUCUAACGUGGACAUCAGGUCCAACAUCCCUAAAGCUGCACAACAAAGGCAAUCUGCUUUAGAGCUGAAUGAGCAGAUACAUGUAGAGAGAGACAGGGAUGCAGACAAGACCUCAGAACAAGACCAUAAAUGUACUCUAGCCUUAAUCUCUGAUCCCCGAGUGUGUGAUGCCAGCCGUCUCUCACACGAACAGAGGACGCGUGUGUUGGAGGAGGCUGAGGAAGCAAGGGCACUGGUGGCUACGAUGGUGUAUCAGGAUGGAACCACACAGUUGGAUCCUGAGCAGAAAUGCCCCCCUGCUGUGUGUGGAGUUUUGGUUCUGCUGAAGAAGAACAUGAAUUCACUUGUUCUGGAGACGUCUGGAGCAGCUGGGGAGAGAUUGCUGUUUCUGAGACUCAAACAGACACCUGUUUGGUCUCAGCAAGACGUAAAACACAACCAGGAUCUCUUCACAAGAGAGAUACUGGUGAAGAUGGUGUGUGGAACCCACAUUUUAGUGUGUUAUAAAUCUAAAGACCUCCUUCGAACAGCACUCAGGCAUUUCAACAAGGAUCUGACCUGGAAACAAGUGGCCAGUUGUCAGGUGUUGGAUCCUCAGAUCGCUGCCUGGUUACUAGAUCCUGCAGAUUCUGCCUCCUGCUUUCAGGAGCUUUUUAAGAAGUACUGUAGUCAUCCAACCACACAUCCCCUUACACAGUCUGAGCUCAGAAACCAGAAGGUAACCCAUGUGAUCUCCAGCCUGGCUCAACUACACAGAGUGAUGGUGGAGCUCAGGAACAAGCUGGAGAUACAGGGUCUGUGGCAGCUCUAUGUCUGCAUGGAACAGAAGAUGAUGCCAGUUUUAGCAGCUAUGGAGAGCCAUAGGAUCCAUGUGGACAAGGAAGCCUUAAAGGAGACAUCAGAGCUGCUUGGGACUAAGAUGAAGCAGUUGGAGCAACAGGCUCACCAGACUGCUGGUCAGAAGUUCCUGGUGUCUAGCAGUUCUCAGCUUCGACAGGUUCUGUUUGAGAAGCUACGCCUGCAUGCACGCUGUGAGAAUAAGAAGCUACCCAAAACCUUGCUCAAACAGCAGCAGUCCACCUCAGAGGCUGUGCUCUUACAGCUCCAGGACCUGCACCCUCUUCCCAGAAUCGUUCUGGAAUACAGACAGGUUCACAAGAUCAAGUCAACGUUUCUGGAUGGAAUUCUGUCUUGUAUGAAAAAGACGUACAUCUCCUCCACGUGGAAUCAGACGAGUACCGUGAGUGGACGACUGUCUGCCAAACAUCCAAAUUUUCAGGCUCUUCCCAGGCAGCCGGUACAGAUCUCAAAGCAAGCACAUUCAGCAGGGAAAGAGGCGGAGCUGAUAACUGUUCACCCGCGUACCAUGUUCAUAGCACGAGAGGGCUGGACCUUCCUUUCUGCAGAUUUCUGUCAGAUGGAGUUGCGUCUCUUGGCUCAUCUCUCGUCUGACCCCGAGCUCUUGAGAAUCUUCCAGAACGCUAAAGCAGACGUUUUUAACAUGCUUGCCUCUCAGUGGAAGAGUGUAAGUGAGGACAGUGUAAGUGCAGAGGACAGAGAACAAACCAAACGCAUUGUCUAUUCUGUGGUCUACGGAGCUGGAAAAGCACGUCUAUCUAGAAUACUGGGUGUGAGUGCUGAAGAAGCCAGCCAUUUUCAGGACAGUUUCCUCCAAAAGUACAAAGAGGUUCAGGCCUUUAUCCAGUGCACUGUGCAGCACUGUCACAAAUACGGUUAUGUGAAGUCCAUAAUGGGUCGCCGCCGUUCCCUCCCUCACAUCCAUUCAGGAGACUGGGGCAUCCGGAACCAGGCAGAAAGACAAGCUGUCAACUUUGUAGUGCAAGGUUCUGCUGCAGAUCUCUGUAAAAUGGCUAUGAUUCACAUCUGCUCACUUUUGGCCUCUUCCACCACUCUGACCCCCAGGCUGGUGGCUCAGAUCCAUGAUGAGUUACUCUUUGAGGUGGAGGACUCACAGGUGGCAGAGUUUGCAGUGUUGGUGAAGAAAACAAUGGAGUCCCUUCAGCAUAUCAGUUGUCUUGGAGUCAGUCUUACAGUUCCUCUGAAGGUCUCCGUGUCUACAGGAAGAUCGUGGGGCUCCAUGUGUGAAGUCAAUCUCCCCCAUGCUGAUACCACACACACCACAGUUUGAGACCGCUUUAAGGUUUCUCAGUGCCAGUCUGUGUUUCUCUGCCCCAUCUUUCUGCCUCUG